AGGAUGACGGCGACAGGACCCUCCUGAUGAACCUCUCUUAGCAGUGCACCAGACCGAGGAUCGUUCAGUCGGUUUGGAUUUGAUCGUCCGGAGACGAACUUUAGGGUCUAUGCAUAUCUGUCCCGGACGCAUGCACUUUCCCUUUAUUAUUUACACUACACAUUCAUGAACGCGAUCCAGGCUAAACUAGGCGACUAAUGAAACUCUGCUUUAUGAAGGGAGUUCACGACACGCAUCUUCUCAGAAAUGGCCCGUUGGCUUUGAUCUUUAUGCUCGAGCGAAGCAGCGCAACAGGACGCAGUUCGUCGCAUCUGCUUCAUCGCAUCGCCGUGUCGGGGGCGUGAUGACGCGUCGCUAGAGUCAAACUGAAGCUGCUCAGGUGAGAAGCAUCGGCAUCUCCGCUCCCUGUCACCUGAGAUGGCCAUCAACAAACCCGGCUCCAUGCGUGAUUCGGAUGGUUUUUCCGUCCUGGAGCAGCUGGGACUGGACCAGAACUCUGAUUUCUCAGACUCCAGCGUGCAGCAGCGGCUGGACGAGCAGCGAGAGAGGAUCCGGAGGGAGAUCCGGAAGGAGCUGAAGAUAAAAGCUGGUGCGGAGAACCUGCGGCGGGUCACUACUGACAAACGUAACGUCCAGCAGGUGGAGAGCCAGUUACGCAGCUCCAGCCGCAAACUGGACUCGCUCCACACUCAGCUGCAAGAACUGGACGCCCACAUCGUGGUCAAGGGUCACGAUGACAGCAAAGAUGACCUUCAGUCUCUUGGGACGCCGAGUCGCUCCUCAGCCAAUGAAGACAGGAUUAAGGCUCUGGAGCGACAGCUCAACAUCGAACUGAAGGUCAAACAGGGGGCAGAGAACAUGAUCCCCAUCUAUGCCAACGGGGUUACCAAGGAUAAGAAGCUGCUUCAGUCAGCUCAGCAGAUGCUGCAGGACAGUAAGACGAAGAUUGACAUCAUCCGUAUGCAGAUUCGUAAAGCCAUGCAGGCCACCGAACAAACAGAGGACAUUCAGGCAGGUAAACCGGAUCUGUGUGGGGUGGAGCUCCGCAUCGAGGAGCUCUGGCAUCAUUACCGUGUUGAACAUGCCAUGGCCGAGGGCGCCAAAAACAUGCUGAGGCUUCUGGGGGCUGGAAAAGCACAGGACAAGAAGGCCAUGGCUGAGGCUCAGUCUCGUCUCAGCGAAGCGUCCCAGCGCUUGGAUCUUCUGCGAGUGUCGUUAGAGCAGCGUUUGGUCAAUCUACCAGAAGAUCAUCCGAAAGUGUGUCUGAUCAAGGAAGAGCUAGUGUUGGCAUCGUCCUCGGCCUUCAGCUCCAGUCACAGCGCCCCCUAUGUCCACAAUCAGUACAGCACCCUCAGCAAACCCUCGCCGCUCACCGGGACGCUGCAGGUGCGUCUGCUGGGGUGUAUGGGCUUGUUGGAGGUCGUCCCAGGCCGCAGUCGUGCGUCUCCGGUGGCUUUGCCUCACUUCAGUCCUGGAGACAGCCGACACUUCAAACUCACUCUGAGCAGCAGAAACAGCAGCUUCAGCCUGAAGAUCCCCAGCAAGAGCGAGGAGCUGUCCUCGGAGGUGAGCGCCGUGUUGAAGCUGGAGAACUGUGUGGUGGGACAGACGUGCUGGAGAAGUGUUGGUGAACAGGCCUGGGAUCAGACCUUCACUCUGGAGCUGGAGAGAUCCAGGGAGAUGGAGAUUGCGGUGUACUGGAGGGACUAUCGCUCGCUCUGUGCGCUCAAGUACCUGAAGCUGGAGGACUUUCUGGACAAUCAGAGACACCGAAUACAUCUGGAGCUCGAACCGCAGGGACUGCUGCUCGCAGAGGUGAUGUUCUUCAACCCUGUGAUAGAGCGAGGUCCACGUCUACAGCGGCAGAGAAAGAUGUUUUCCAAACAGCAGGGUAAAGCGUUCCUGCGCGCGAAACAGAUGAACGUGGACAUAGCGACGUGGGUUCGUCUGCUGAAGAACGCCAUCCCCAUGAGCUCCUCCACACACAGCGACACACACCACAGCAACACACACCACAGCAGCAGUGAGAUCUCCAUCCAGAAGAUCCAGCUGGAAGGCGACUCUCCUCCAUCUGUGACGAGGAAAAACACACAGACGUCCAACACGGUGGACAUUGGCCCGGUGUCUGAGGCGGUCUCUCCUCCUGAUCCCGCUCCUCCGGAGAGGGCCGUCAGGACCAGCUCCCAUAAUUCCCAGCGCAGGCCGUCCAAAAGCCCUCUGUGUCUUCAGGAUUUCCGAAUGAUCGCAGUGCUGGGCCGAGGACAUUUUGGCAAGGUGCUGCUGUCCGAAUACAAACGCUCAGGGAAGGUGUAUGCCAUCAAAGCACUGAAGAAAGGGGACAUUGUGGCACGAGACGAGGUGGAAAGUUUGAUGUGCGAGAAGCGAAUAUUUGAGACGGUGAACAGCACGCAGCAUCCUUUCCUGGUCAACCUGUUUGCGUGUUUUCAGACGCCAGAACAUGUGUGUUUUGUCAUGGAGUACACGGCUGGCGGUGACUUGAUGAUGCACAUACACGCAGACGUCUUCUCUGAAACACGCUCUGUGUUUUACUCUGCGUGUGUGGUUUUGGGGCUUCAGUUUCUUCACGAUAAUAAGAUUGUGUAUCGAGAUUUGAAGCUGGAUAACCUGCUGCUGGAUACUGAAGGUUAUGUGAAGAUUGCAGACUUUGGUCUUUGUAAAGAGGGAAUGGGUCAUGGAGACAGAACCAGUACAUUUUGUGGGACUCCAGAGUUUCUUGCUCCUGAGAUUUUAACAGACACGUCCUACACCAGAGCUGUGGACUGGUGGGGUCUUGGUGUGCUCAUUUACGAGAUGCUGGUUGGAGAGUCACCGUUCCCAGGUGACGAUGAGGAGGAGGUGUUCGACAGCAUUGUAAAUGAUGAAGUACGUUACCCAAGAUUCCUCUCCACUGAGGCCAUUGGUAUCAUGAGACGGCUGUUGAGGCGUAAUCCUGAAAGGCGACUGGGCUCCAGUGAGAGAGACGCAGAGGACAUCAAGAAACAACCCUUCUUUAGGAAUAUUGACUGGGAUGCGCUGUUGCAGAGGAGAGCUCCUCCACCUUUCGUUCCUGCAGUGAAGGGAAAGGAAGAUGUCAGUAACUUUGAUGCUGAGUUUACGAACGAAGCGCCAACCUUGACGCCUCCUCGUGAACGCCGGACCCUAUCGCGGAAAGACCAGGACUACUUCAGGGACUUUGACUAUGUCUCUGACUUCUGCUAGGACACAAGUGUGCAUACUGACACUGCUAGGUAUGGGAGAUGUGGUUCUCACAUCCUAGUCACCAUCAAGGCUGCUUGGCGUGAAGAAUGACGCUUCAUCACAGGCUUCCUGCCAAUGGAACAUGGGUUUGUUCAACAUGAAACCAUAAAGAGAGUAAGAGAACUGGGCCCAUAAGAGUGAUUGAACCUUGAGGCAAUCUGAUUGUAGGAGGUACAUCAAACAUGUAGAGAUUCAAGAAUCCACAUAAUGUGAAGUUCUGAAAGCCGGCGGCCAAGAUGUUUUCUUGCCCUGUUUUCAAAGAGGCAUGAUUUUCAAAUGGUCAGUAAGCCUCCUUCAUGACAUUAUCCUUAGCACCAGGUGCUACUGAAAUCAUUAAUCUUGUGAAUAGAGUACUGUAGGGAUGACCAAUUUUUGUAGGCCAGUGCGCAUUUUAGUAAUUCUGGUUCCAUCACUGUAAAGUUUAUGUUUUUUUUGUUUGUUUUUUAUGGGUUUUUGGUUAAGGUCUAGAGGUUUAACACAAGCUAAACAUAUUUUCACGCUUUAUUCUUCAACAUAAAGUGCAUCAAAAAUACCCUAUUGUCUUGAAAAAGGCAGUUUUUAACAAGUGUCUAAAUGGGCCUACAGAGGUUGUUGGGGAUGUUACCUGUUCAGUGAUGUUUAAACUCAUCCCCUCACAAGUAGCUUGCACAGCCUCAUUCCAUUUAUAAUGGUGAUUCCAUAAACCUAUUAUAAAUUAAACUUUCAGGGGAAACGAUUUUUAAGCAGUGAUUUAAUUAGCUGCUGUAAAAUGUAGUUAAUUCAUGGCCUACAUUUAGCAGUUUACUUCCAGUGAUUAUAUUUAGUCUUCAAAAUUCAUAGAAGCUGUUAGAUUAUCAUGUUGAAUAUAAUGUUUAAAAAAAUCAUAAACUUUUGUCGGUCACAGAGCUUAUUUUCUGCAAUAAUCCAAAAAGCUAAAAGGAACCAGGGCCCAAUACCAAUUCUACCCCUUAGCCCUUACCCUUUCCCCUACCCCCCUGUUUCGCGGAUUCACGUGAAGGGGUAGUGGUAUCUCGAUUCUCUUUUGGUUGGAGGGGUAGGGGGAAGGGGAAGGGCCAGAUUUUUUGAGAUUUUUUGGGACCACACUUCAAACGAAGAGGUAUGAAUUAUAUAAGCAACACGGCUGACUGAGCGAAGAAAAAUACACAUAAAUGUAAGCAUUUUGGGAAUUAAUAAAGAUUUUAACGAAAAUGUAUCACUUGUUUUGUUACAUUCAAUCGUUAGUUCAUAUUAACGGUCAUCUUACUCAAAGAAAUGUUAGCAAAAACUCGCUAAUAUUUGCUAAUGUCAUAUCAUUGUAGACUGCACGACAGUACCACAACAUAUUUUCUUGUCUAGUCAGGGCGAUAACCACUGUAGACAUUCAAGGGGGCUAGUCCCCCCAAUAAUUAGAAAUCGUUAAACCAUUUUUGCAAAUAUUGCCAAAUCAAGAGGGGGAGUAGAAAAAGAGAGAGAAAGAGAUGGAAGUUGCUUGUAUGCACGUCUGUGCGUUUCUCUUUUUAGAGUGAGUUUACUUAAAAACAAUGAUUUUAUCCUCUCACUGUUGGAAAAUACAAUGUAGCGAUUCAGCAUUUAAACUGAUCUAAUAAACGUUGUGGGGCAAUGUCAACAAGUUUUUCUCCUGGAUGUGUGAGCUGCGCGAUUUCCGUUAUGUGUGUGUGUCAGUAAGCAGCUCAUUAAUACAGAACGGUAAUUAAAGGCUCUAAUGCACAACAGUAUAUGUGUGUAUUGUAGGAGCUAGACAACGUAUUAUGAUGUGUGCUGGAAUAGUAGUGGUGUCCCAAUCCUUAGGGAAAUAUUUUCACCCCUACCCCUUGACAGUCUGUUUCAAGGGACAAGGGGAAGGGGUAGGCAGAGGGAAAGGGGUAUAAAAUAGAAUUGGGAUUGGUCCUAACUUGCGGGUUGUCGGCCUACAAAAAUACAUCACUGCAGUGCUCUAUGGGAGCUUGUUGACUAACAGAGUACAGUUACUGACCCAAGUAAAAUGUCUCACCGAAUUCUCCCUUCUCCUGUCUUUUUGUCUCCAUUUUCUUUUUUGACCAACGUUUCUGUAUAUCACACACAAUCCAGAGACCGUUUACUUCUGUAUUACACUCAUUUAACCAGACGAGGGCGGCAGAGAGUUUGAGAGAAGUGGAAACGCUGUUGUGUCAGGUGUCGGUUGUUUUGAGAUCCUUGAGUUUGCUUUUGCUGUGUUAUGAGCAUGUCCCUUACUGAAAGGCAGCAUCAACCUCUAGAUUUGUCUUUUUUGGAGAUUCUGUUUUUCUAUCUCACUGAAACUUGACUAUGGAAAUCCUACGCCUGAAUAUUACUAUAUUAAACAAUUCAACUCUU